AUGGAGGUCAGUGAGGACCGGGAAAGAUACCAAGACAUAUUUGCUUCUCUCACCUCUGCCGUGCUGCCGGAGAGUCUGCAGAGGAGGCGACGGGAAGGUCAGCCCAGCACUACUAUUCCCCUUUUUUUUGGGAUCCGCAAACCCAACAACGGAAUCUUUUCAUCAGUUUCAAUGCUGCACGCCUUGUCAACCUGGCAGCUGAUGAAGGGGCAUCUGUUUGCAAAGAGUGCGGCAGUGUAA